GCGUCUUGUGCUUCCCCACCAGGUGUUCUCCCUCUGGCUUCCUAUGUCCUAUCACGAGGAAGAUUUCUUCAGAGAGUACCUGAAGAUGAUGGCGAAUAUCGUCGUCCUGAACUUGCUCAUUUGUAUUUCUCUGGCUUUCUGGAUCGUGUCCAUAACUGCCAGUACGUACUACGGUACUUUACGACCCAUUUCUCCAUGGCGAUGGCUUUUUUCAAUCAUGGUUCCACUGAUGAUUGCUACACAGGGUUUUAAGAAGAAGAGUCUUGAUCACAGUGGUGCAUUGGGAGGAUUAGUGGUUGGAUUUAUCCUUACAGUUGCAAAUUACAGUUUCUUCACUUCUUUGUUUGUAUUUUUUGUUACUUCUUCAAAACUUACUAAAUGGAAAAAAAAUAUAAAGAAGCAAAUAGAUUCAGAAUACAAGGAAGGUGGACAGAGGAAUUGGGUGCAAGUAUUCUGUAAUGGUGUUUUUGCUAUCUUGUAUAUGAUUGAAAAUGGACCAGGUGAAAUUCCAAUUGACUUUUCAAAGCAAUACACAGCAUCAUGGAUGUGCUUAUCCCUUUUGGGAGCUUUGGCAUGCUCUGCUGGUGAUACAUGGGCUUCAGAAAUUGGCAGUGUUAUGAGUAAAAGCAAGCCUAGGUUGAUAACAACCUGGGAAGAGGUUCCAGUAGGUACUAAUGGAGGAAUUACUGUCGUGGGCCUGCUCUCAAGUUUGCUUGGAGGCAUGGCAGUAGGUAUAGCCUAUUUCAUAACACAACUCAUUUUUGUGACUGAUCUGGAGAUAUCUGCUCCGCAAUGGCCACUUAUUGUGUUUGCUGCAGCAGCUGGCUUGCUGGGGUCGCUUAUUGAUUCAUAUUUGGGAGCUACGAUGCAAUACAGCGGUUUUGACCAGAAUAUCGGCAUGGUUGUCAACCACCAAACAAACGACUCCAAGCAUAUAUCUGGAAAACCUAUAUUAGACAACAAUGCAGUAAAUCUUUUUUCUUCUAUAAUCAUAGCUUUGGUACUUCCAGGCGUGGCAUGGUGUUUCUGGCCCAGGGGUUGAAAUGGUUUAAGAUUUUCUGCAUGUGAUUCAAUUAUGUUUAGUCUUACUCAAUGACUUUGAGAAGUUCUCUUUGAACUCUCUUGAAGAGAGGGAUCUGAAACUUUUGGAGAGCCAAAGGACUUUCCAUCUCAACUUAUUAAGGCUGUAGGCUUCCUGUGACAGCUGGCAUCUGUCAGGGCAAGGAAGGGGUUUUGUCAAUAUGCACUUGCUGCUC